UUUUCCAAAUCAGAAUAUAUUCUUACAGUAUAAAUUAUCAAAUGACAUUAAAUAAAACCGAUAAAAUUCAUUCCUUGAUAGAGGACAUUUACAAGAAUUUAACGGAACAUUUCUUGCCGCAAAACAAGCUUUUGAUAAAUACAGGGAAAAGUUACAUUAGAACUCUAAAUGCUUCAAAUAACGCAGCAAAAUCCUAUUAUGAGACGGUGAAUAAAAUAGGACAAACAGGAGCAGAAAGAUGGGGUCUUACAAAGGAUAUAGGUAUAGCUUUGAUGGAUAUGUCCGAUAUGCAUAAGGAUCUAAACAUUCAAUCAAGCAUGAUGCUGAAAACAUUCAAUUUGGACAGCAUAACUUUACUAGACGCCACUCUCGACCAGGAAACUAGAAAUGUUCAGAACGAAUUCAAGAAAUACCAAGUUGGCAAUAAGAGGCUCAAGGAGAGGUAUGAAAAAAUUCUGUCCCAGUACCGGCACAAAAUGAAACGAAGAUUCAAUAAAAAAUCUACGUUUUUGAGAGAACUUAACAUGAUAGACAGCUUGAAUGAAAACGACAAUCCCAUUUAUGGCACCUUAUCAAAUAAUAUAGAAAUAGGCCAAACGAAAUCUAAAACCACUUGGCAACUAAAAGAAAUGAUCAAGGAAUUGGAUGAAUACAGGAUCCAUUCACUAAAAAAGGCUUACAAAACGGAGAAAGAUUGCUAUACCAAGAUACUGAACAAGCAAUUUAAUAGAAUCAAAUGCCUAUUAUCCGAAACAUCUAAGGUCAACUUGUUGUUCGGACCUAAAAUAACAGAAUGGGAAACCAAUUUAUUAUUGCAUGAUAACCGACGAUACAAUAUAUCCGCUAUACAGAUGCUCGAAAAUAAUCAAUCGAUUUACAAUAACAACCAUAACAUAAAUGAUAUAGCUGACUUGCUAGUCAAAGAAAAUUCGCUAUUGUCUAAUAAUUAUCGAUCUUGCGCGGAUUUGAACAAGAUAUUACAGGAAAAUUUAAAAAUAAACGAUAGAUCAUAUUCGUUAUAUGAUCUAACUCCAAAAAAUCGUAGCAUAAAUGGUUCGUGCAGUAAUUACGAGAUGUCGUCAGAUUAUGACCUGCACGUCAAUUUGAGACAAGCUUUUGAAUCAAAUCCUAUUAAUCUAAAUGCUGUCUUGAACGAUCAACCUAUUUACACAAGCAAUAGAAAUAUUUCUAGACCUGUGGAAAGCUUGUAUUGCCCUAAUACUAACGGGGGAAUAAAUAACAAACAUAAAGAUGGAGUCAAUGAAUCAAUUAACAGCCCGAGGUUGUAUGCAAUAGCUGAAGAAAACAAGUAUAGUAAUAACACAAGAAUCCAUGGGUUACAAGGAGGAAUUGGAUCUCAAUCCACUUCAUCUUCACAAUCGUCUAGAAGAGUAAAUAUGUCUUUGCAAGGACCUAACGAAGCAGCUAUGUCAACGAAUUGCGGUGAUAUAGAUCAAAAUAUAACACAUAAUUACAAUAAGGAAGAAUUGUAUGGUUCUAGUGAAAAAAAAUUAUAUGUAAAGGCAUUAUUCUCUUAUAAUCCAAACGACUAUUCCUCUGCUGCUAGAAGCGCUGAUCAUUUGGACAAUGAAGUAGUGGAAGAUGAGAAAAAUUUGUUACAUCUAAAAAGGGAGGAUAUAAUAGAAAUAGUAAUAAUGUCAGGUUCAUUCAAUAACAACGGAUGGAGAUUUGGCAGGAACAUUCAAAAUGGGAAGGAGUUCCCUUUUUCAAAACCGGAAUGUGUUACUUUCCAGUGUCUUCAGGGAGAAAUUUAUCUGGAGGAAAAACGCCAAAAUUUUUCCAGCACUGGAUGGUUUCCUAUAAGUUUUACGGUUACGAUAGAACUUCCCAAAAAUAUAGCACCACUAAGACCUUUAAUAUAUCAAGCACCUCAACUAUUUCAAAAUUCCGGUAAUUAUCUAGCACCUAUGUCAUAUCAAAUGCACUUAAGAAAUAACUUUAGAGAUUUAAGAACGUCAGAGCUUUAUAAGGAAACGGGAGAAGGACUCUACAACAUGGCUGGUCAUACUUUGAGUUUAUCUGAAUACGAUUUAUUGAAUAAUAAAAUCAAUCAUAAGAUGAUUCAACAAAAUAAUCUAAAGAAACAACUAUCUACUCCUCAAAUAUCCAUAGAGACCACAAACUUUAUAAAGACCUCCCAACCAACUUUACCUAAUAUAAUUUAUGAAACUCCUUACAAUAAUAAACAUAUUAAACAAAUGAUAGUCAAUGAUAAAAAUCAUAUUUCACCUGUUGGACAUGAAUUAAAAAUACUUAGAUGUAAUGGUCAGUUGAAUAUAGACGCACGCACAUCUUUUAAAAAUAAAAGUCUAGAAAAUAUCCACAAACAGCAACACCUUUUGUUAGUAGCUAACAAUGCCUCAAGCUUAGCAAUGUCCCCUACCAAUAAAAAUGCGACUUCUUUUGAUAAUAAAAGUAGUGAAGAGACAAUGGAAGAAGGAAAGAAUAAUAUAAAUGGGAAACAAAUUUAUGGUAAAAGCAAUAAGUCAAGGGAAAUGGCCGAGGUGGAUGGAAAUGAUGAUUUAUCUAACAGUAAAAUGGCUCACCAAGAAUUAGAUAAGAGGGCAACUUUGUUUAGCGAAUUGAAGUUUAAACUCAAGAAAAGAGAAGUUAUAAUUAAUGAUGAUAUUGCUCAAACCCCAGAGCCAAUAUACGAUAAAACUAAAUAUAAGAAAAUGGGUCAUAUGAUGGAUAAUUCAAAAAAACUUAAUUUACUCAAGAAAGAUCAUAUGAACGAUAAAAUACCUUCGAUGCCCCCCAUUCCCCCUCCACUCCCGCCUGCUAAUAAAACACUCAGAUUGACGAGCACAAAUAAUGACAAAAUCCAAGAUCUCGCAAUUAAAGAGAACACCGAAAUUGAAAUAAAAGAUUCUAAAAUUAUUAAGAACAUUCGUUAUGAUAAUCAAAUAACACAAGCUAAAACGCCUAUAAUGCAACCCGCAAAUGUUAAAAAUAUUACCCCAAAUAAGCGUUUUAGCCUAUUUUCUUCAAGUAAAACGUCCAAAUUACGACUUUGA